AUGAAAUAUUAUAUCUUCAUUUUACUGUUUGCCGGUGAAAGCUUGACCCAAGGGAGGCAACUUCAUGGUUAUGCGAUCAAGGUCGGGUUAGUAAUAGAUGGAUCUGUACAAAAUUCAAUUUUGAGAAUGUAUACCAAGACAGGCUGUGUUGAAGAAGUUGAAAGGUUUUUCAGGGAGGUUGAACAAAGGGAUGAUGUUUCCUGGAAUACUUUGAUAUGCUUUUAUUCCAUGGAAAGAGACUUUGAAAAAUUGGUCAGUACGUUCAGUAAAAUGCAGGGUCUAGCAGCACUCAGCGUUGAGACUUUAACAUUACUAAUUUCAGCAUUUGCGAAGUCUAGAGAUAUUUUUCAAGGUGAGUGGAUGCAUUGUUUAGCUAUAAAAACUGGUUUACUGGAUGAUGUGUUGCUGACUUCUUUAUUGGGUUUUUACGCCAAGUGUGGGAAAAUAGAGACAUCGGCACAGUUGUUCAGAGAAAUUCCUUUUCAAAAUACUGUUACAUGUGGUGCUAUGAUGUCGGGUUUCAUUCAAAAUGGUUAUAUUAAGGAUGCCAUAGAUUUGUUCCGUCAAAUGCAAGCUGCAAAUGUUGAACCAGGGGUAGAAAUUUUGAGAAUCAUUCUUGAUGCAUAUACACAUCUGGGAGCUCUGCAAUUGGGCAAAACAGUUCAUUGUUACUUUAUAAGAAACUUGUUGAACAGUUCCAAGAAAGAAACUACACACCUCGAGACCUCUAUCUUAAACAUGUACUUAAAAUGUGGAAGCAUUUCUUCAGCUAGGGUAUGUUUUGAUGAUAUAUUGGUCAAAGAUCUAGUAACAUGGACCACUAUGAUUGAAGGCUUUGGGACUCAUGGGCAAGGUUUUAAAGCACUAGAACUUUUUGGUCUGAUGCUGGAAAAAGGUAUAAAACCAAACAGUGUCACCUUCUUGAGCUUAUUGUCUGCUUGUAGUCACUCUGGUCUUAUCAGAGAAGGCUGUGAAGUUUAUUUUUUCAUGAAAUGGAUCCAUGGUAUCGAACCUGAGUUGGAUCACUACACUUGCAUGGUGGAUCUUUUGGGUCGACACGGAAAUCUUAAAGAGGCCUUAGCCAUUAUAGUGAAACUGGUUAUUUCUCCGGAUAGUCGGAUUUGGGGUGCUCUUCUUGCAGCUUCCAAAAUUCACGGUGACAUAAAACUCGGGGAAUAUACAGCAGAAAGACUUUUGGAACUGGAACCUGAUAAUGUUGGGUAUCAUACUCUGUUGAGUAAUGUACAAGCCAGUGUGGGACAGUGGGAAGAAGUUGAAGAAGUUAGGAGAGUUGUGAAUGAGGAGUAUAUGAAGAAGAAACCAGGGUGGAGUUGUAUUGAGGCAAAAGGGAUUAUUCAUGGAUUUGUAUCCGCUGAUAGAUCACACCAUCAAGUGGAUGAGAUUUAUGAGGUAUUGGGGUGUUUAGGUAGGAUGAUUCAGGAAUUUGGAAAGUAUUCUUUGGUUGAUUUGGUUCCCUGACGUAUGCUUUGAAAUUCCUGAGGCAAAGACAUUAUCCUAGUCUUGUUUGUGUCUGGAUGGUGAGACUGGAGGGGGCUGAAACGAGAUCAGGCUUAAUGCCGAUGUGCAGUCGUCAGAAAGCAAGGUUGAUGCUAAAAGAAGUUGGGCUGAUAUUCAAGUGUUCAUUUAGUGGAUGAAGUAGGGAGUAAGUUGGAUGCUUGGAAAGACAAAAAAUCUCUAGUUUGUGGCAGCCAGAACCUAUUCAAAUUACCUUACGGCCUAGAAGCAAAUGAAGAUCAAUAGACUUGCAAAUAAAAUGGUAACGGUAAGUCUGUCAGACAGCCGUGUGAAAAUCCCAAACAGUUUAUAUUGGCCGAGAAGGAUCCUCCGCUGCAUCAAUGGUCCAAGACUCCAAGGACCGUGGAUUCACCAAACAUAGGAUAGGAAGAUGAUAUGAUAUUGGAGUUUUCUCAUGUGGGUCGACAAUGAUUCAUGGGUGAAGUUCUUUCUGCGUCGGUAUUUCCCAGAAGAAAAAUUAUACUUACAAAUUGGCGUGGACAACAUAUCCUUCACAUUGCGGCAUGAUAUGAUUUGAUUUGUCAAACAAUUUAAUUUUAUAUUUUUUUAAAUCAAAUUCCACCCUAUCACCAAUAUGGAAAGUGUGUGAUUCACAAUGACUUGCAGGAAAAAUGACGAGAGUAAUAUUGUGAUUACUAGUUGGCUCAUGAAAUAGAAGGAAAAUGUUAUUGAACA